AUGGCUCCAUACUCCAAGUUCGCGGCGUUUGCCGUCGCAGCGCUGCUUCCAUUUGCGUCUGCUCAGACUUACUCGUCCUGCAACCCAAUCGAAACGACGGGCUGCCCUGCUGAUGCCGGCUUGAACACCACGAGUUUCUCGACCGACUUUACCACAAUCAGCGGUACCAGCUUUCCUGGCUGGAACACGACCGCCGGCACGGUGACCGCUUCAGAGAACGGUGCUGAGUUCACCAUCAAGAAGCGUGGUGAUGCACCAACGAUCCAGACGGAUUUCUACAUCCUGUUCGGACAGAUCGAUGUGAAGUUCAAGGCUGCUCCUGGAACUGGUAUCGUCAGUUCUGUCGUUCUGGAGUCCGAUGAUCUAGAUGAAAUCGACUGGGAAGCGCUGGGCGGCGACACCACCCAGAUCGAAACCGACUAUUUCGGCAAAGGCGACACGGGCACUUAUGACCGUGCCACCUAUGCGACGGUUACCACUCCGCAAUCUGUCUACCACACAUACACUGUCCACUGGACUGCGAGCUCCAUUGAGUGGCUGAUCGAUGGAACGAACGUGCGUACGCUCCUGUACGCCGAUGCCAAGAACGGUACCCGCUUCCCGCAGACUCCAUGCCGUGUGAAGAUCGGUAUCUGGGCCGGUGGUGACCCCUCUAACGGUGAGGGAACGAUCGAAUGGGCUGGUGGUGAGACUGAUUACACCAAGGCACCAUUCACCAUGUACGUCGAGUCUGUCAACAUCACCAACUAUACCCCUGCGUCGGAGUACACUUAUGACGGCACUUCCGGAUCCUGGGAGAGCAUUAAGGCUUCUAACUCAACUUCCUCGGAUGACAUUGGUGAGACAACUUCGGGCGAUGGAUCUACCAGCAGCAAAAGCAGCAGCAGCAGCACUACUAGCGACAAGAGCAGCACUUCCUCUAGCUCCUCAUCUGCUAGUUCUUCUGGCUCUUCCUCGUCCGGCUCUGCCAGCUCGACUACUAAGUCGUCUGACAACUCCUCCAAGUCUGUCAGCGGCAGCGCCUCGAGCACUGCAGCUGGAUCCGGAGCCACAACCCAGGCCGCGUCAUCAUCUGGCGCCUCGUCUUCCUCUUCCGCCUCUACCACCGACAGCGCCGGCAUGUCUGUCAAGCCUGGCAUUGGAUUCGGCUCUUUCAUGGGCUUUAUCGGUUUCUUCUUCGCCAGCGUCAUCCUCGUCUAA